UGAGAGAGCUAGUUCGCCGUCAGCGCUGCCACCUGCAACGAGAGCUCCGCGUGUUCCGACCGUUUGUUUACAUUCGCGUGCCACCUGAUUUGACCGUGCGUCUAGAUCAGGCGAGAGGUGAACUGUCGAUCGUCUCUUCAUCACCGCGGAGUCAUCGGCCCUGUUUGACCAUUUCUCCAAAUCGGGUGAUCAGUGAGCGCCACCGAACGUUUGUUUACAGUUUUGACCGUUUGUCUGAAAGUGGGUCGAGAUUUAAUCCUACGGCGAAUCCUGCCCGCGGUAGUUUCCCAAGUUGCACCGAAAUUUCGAUUCAUCUUGGUUAUAGUCUAGUCGGAGAAGUUUUACCAUUCAGUGUCGUCGUUUCUCCCUUCGUUCGUAUCUUUAGCGGUUUAGCGUGAUCAUAUAUUUUCUUCGAAUUUUUUUUUAAAUUCAAUUUUAGGUUCGAAUCACGAGGCUUUAAAUUUAUUUCCUACCCGAUUCAUUUUUUUUUCGUGCGGAAAAUCCUGAAAGCGCGUAAAAUUUUCGACUGUAGUACCUGCCCGAAAUUUGGAAAUAAAUAAGGAAUCGUCGAUCGACACGAAAAUGGAUACAGAAUCAGAAAUGUUGCUGUUUCCCCUUCUCAGCGUGAAGAGAGUCGCGUCAAAAUGACACCAGCCGAUUCUUAUUGAGUGCGUCUGAGUCACGGGGAACCCCGUGAGUGCGUAGCAGUUUUUCUCGCGGUGAAAAUUUCGCGCGGGUGACUGGAUUUGUUCCCGUUGGUUUUCCACAAUUUUCGAGAUGGCCUCGUCGAAAGUGGCGCACCAACUUUCGGACUCCCUCUCGAAGGAGUCUCCAUCCUCGGUCAGUUCCUCCGUUAGUGAUGACUCAUCCGACAGCGAGAAGGACUUUGGAUUAGAGGAUUUUGACAUCAUCAAAACAAUAGGCACCGGCACAUUUGGAAGGGUUUGUCUCUGUCGGGAGAAGGCAACGGAUAAGUUCGCUGCUAUGAAAAUAUUAGCAAUAGCCGAUGUGAUUCGACUGAAACAAGUAGACCAUGUAAAAAACGAAAAAAAUAUCUUAGCCGAAAUAAGACACCCUUUUAUAGUCAAUUUAAAAUGGUACUAUCACGAUUCAUGCCACCUAUUUAUGCUAUUUGAAUACGUAUGUGGUGGCGAACUAUUUUCUUACCUUAGGAAUGCCGGUAGAUUCUCAACUAGUGCAAGUAAUUUUUAUACGACAGAAAUUGUGAUAGCCCUAGAGUAUUUACAUUCUCAGUCAAUAGUCUAUCGAGAUUUGAAGCCUGAAAAUUUGCUCAUCGACAAAGACGGACACUUGAAAAUUACGGAUUUUGGGUUCGCUAAAAAGUUAAACGACAGAACUUGGACACUGUGUGGGACACCGGAAUACCUGGCACCAGAGAUAAUUCAAUCCAAGGGUCACAACAAGGCUGUUGACUGGUGGGCUUUAGGUGUGCUCAUCUACGAAAUGCUGGCCGGUUAUCCUCCUUUUUUCGAUGACAACCCUUUCGGAAUUUACAAAAAAAUUCUCGAGGGUAAAAUCGAAUGGCCCAGACACCUGGACCCUGUGGCCAAAGAUAUUAUUAAGAAACUUCUAGUUCAGGACCGAACCAAACGCCUUGGAAACAUGAAGAAUGGAGCUGAAGAUAUUAAGAGGCACCGGUGGUUUAAAGGGGUGGACUGGCACGAUGUCUAUUGUAGAAGAUUGAAGCCACCGAUCAUACCACAAGUGGGCUACGAUGGUGACACGCGAAACUUCGACGAGUACCCCGAGGCAGAUUGGCGAUCAGCGCCCUCUGUCGGUGAGUCCGACUUGAAGCUCUUCGAGGACUUCUAAUAUUUCUUUUCGUCUCAUUCUUGACGUCUUUGCCUUGCCAGUGCGGAGUCAAAGUUGAUCACUGCUUCAUCACCGACAACGAUUUGACAAAGGGAAGUGGAUGCACUGUAUACCUACAGGUUAAAAAAAAAAAAAAAAAAAAAAAAAAAAACUAUACCUGCAUCUUAACGACUGGUUCUUUAAAAAUGUCUACUUUCUUUGGUUGGGAAUGGAUAGCAUCCUAUUAUGGCAUCCUCUUGUGGACCACUGCGAGAAAAUCUUAAUCUUGACAAAGGUUUUUUUUCCACCAUCCAGAA